CCAGUGUCCUCCGCUUAUCUAGCAGAUUUCUCUAGCCUUGAUGAUCGUCGGGACUCUUCUUCCCUCUUGUCAUCCAUUGUGAAGUGAGAUUCUUCUCCUGUACUUCUUCCUUCCAGGUUUCCUUCUAGACCGCCAGGAACAUCAGGAACACGCUCCUGUAGCCAGCAUCUGCAACCCACCCGCGGGUCUCUCUUCGGGCCGCCCAGCAAAACUAGCUCCAGUGCCGCUCCGUCACUCCAGUGGGCGUCUAUUUUCCAUCACGAGUCGCCCGGGCUUUAUUGGCAGCUUGGUACCUCGCCCUAUCAGAGCCGCUUGCUGGGAAAAUACCCCCUGUCCACCCUGCGAGGCCCGCAUGCCGUGUAAGUGGUAGUGGCAGCGGCUAUUCAAAUCCCACCAUCCCCCCAAGAGAGCGCCAUCAUUUUCCGGAAUUCCUUUCCUUUGGCAGCUGGGCUCUCUUAACCACACCCUUUCCCUUGGUUCUGUUCCGCCACCGUCCUCUUUAUUGAAGACUGGUAUCUUCCUUCUCUUCAACUUGCCGUCCAUCUUUGUAGGUGUUAUCGCCGCCUACACACAACACCAAGCAACAAAAAAGGAAGAAGGGAGAAACGACUUUACUGUCGUUGUCGUCCACGAUGGGUCUCGACGAAAAGAGGCGGCCAACGGCCUUGAACCUCGCACCGAUCCGGACCAAGUCAGCCGGCUCCAUCUCUUCUACAGACUCCUCAUCCACAUCCUCGUCUUUGGCCAAGCCUCCCAGGACACCACGGUUCGCCGAAGCUACAGCAGUAAACUCACCUAUCGAGCCGAGAUUGGGACCCUUUUCUGACAAGCACGAAAUCACUCAGGCGCAGCCAGGAGAUGUUGGAUUUGGUUAUAUCGGAAACAGGGGAUCAACAGUACCAAUGACGCCGAAGUCGCCCUUGAAGAGCGCCAUGAGAGUACCAGGCACACCCGGCAGGGGAUUGACAAACCCCCUGAGCCCCACCUUCAGGGAAGAGGAGAACCUGGAGGCGCGGGAGAAGAUCACAGAGAAGGACCAGGCUAGGGAUUUGAAAAUCAAGACCAGAGUAAGAAUGGCCAAGUUCGCCCUCCGUGGUGUCAACUUCAGCUGCUCCCUGAUUAUCUUGUCCAUGAUCUCGGCCUCGUUCGCCAUUUUCAACGCCACCAAGGCUCUUGCACCUAUGAGCGGUCUUCCGGCUUGGUCCAACAACACCAACACCUGGCCUCAGAAGGUCGUUCUCGCCUGUGCUGGUGUCUCGCUCAUCAUAUGCGUUUGUGUCUUUGUUGGCUACUGCCGUGGUGGUCACAGGAGAGCGGAGAAGGUCGGCGUCUAUUACACUCUGUUCGCGGUCGGCUGGUUCAUUUUCAGUAUGGCUAUGUGGGCUGCGGCCGCCGGAAUCCUCCAGCACUCCAAGUCCAACAGCGGUAACCAGGAUAUGUGGGGAUGGGCCUGCGUCGAAAACCGUCGAUCCGAACUCUUUGGCGGCCAAGUCGACUACGCCCUUGUCUGCCGCCUCCAGGACUGGACUCUUAUUUGCAUCAUUAUCGAGUUGGUGGUCGAGAUCAUCAGCAUCACGCUUUACAGCGUCGUCUUUUACCGAUACUGGUCGAAGAGGAAGCUUCACAAGUCGAUGGACAUGCGCGACAAGGCCCGCUCCGAUCUCUACCUCGCCCAGCUUCGCAGCCAGUCCGCCCCCAACACACCUGGCUUCGGCCCCAAGUCGCCCGCCUUCUCGCAAUAUGCUCUUUCCCCUCGCUUCCCGCCCACCACCUACAAGUCUCUGGGCGAUAUCCAGGAGAACACCUCCGAUUCGCCCUUCACUCCUGGUGGCAACAACCUCGUUGUUCCUCAGUCCAACUUCACUCCCCAACAGGCUGCCUUCAAGCUCCAGGCCCCGCCUACCAAAGCUAACCCGGCUACUCCGUCAACACCAAAGUCCGGAUACAAGCCACCAACGGCGGCCGAUCUUUCACCCUCCUCGAUCACUGCCCCUGCUUUCCCGGCACCUACAGUUCAGCAUGCGCCAAUGGUAGAGGGCGAGCAGCAGUACGAGGCGGUACCCAUCCCCGGUGCCUACGCCGGGCAAGCGAUCAAGUCACCACCACCUGUUCAGACAACAUUCAACAUCCCACGAUAA